GGCCACUCGGCCACACCACACCACCACCUCGACCACCACCUCCUCCUCCUCGACGCACUCUCUGACUCCGUUGCCCCAGACGCUUUCUCCGUAGGCUCGCGCCACCCUUGCCCGUCCCUCCGCACAGCCGUGCAGGUUGGCUCGCUGCUUUGGGGCCUAACCCCAGGCGGCCUGCUGAGCGAGCGAGCUGCACCUGGGGCCUUUUUCGAGCGCGACACUCGCUGGCCACCAGCAGGGGCCCAGCCCUUUCUGGCUCGCUCUCGCCCUCCCCUGGCCAGCGGCCUGCUGAGGCGUUCCCCACAACAACAAAAGACGCUUUCCCUGCAACCCUGACCCUUUUGCAUUCGACGACACCCCCAAUCGCAGACUCCGCCCUCGCGACUCUCCCACUGCUCUCUUCUCCGACGCAACAAUCUCGUCCUCCAUGCCCGUCGCUGCGGCCCUGUGCUGUGCUGUAGCGUAGACCGACCUGUACGCAUUUUGAAGAUCCAUCGCCUUAGUCUGCUGCGCAGUCUCCACCUUCGCUCCGUGUGGCGUCCGCCGCACUGCUCACCCAAAACCGGCCCUCGCUGCUCGACCUCAAGCGUUUUUCGCACGCCCAUAUCGACGCGUCAUUCUCCAUUCGAUCUCCGAAGCGCGACGUACGGAAUCGAGGGGUCUCCAAGGCCUACAUGCGGCACCCUGGGUCCGCCAGAGCCCACCGCAUACACAACUGCAAGCCGUGUCCUUGCUCGGUUUUCUAGUCCAGAAUUGGCAGGCCUCGACGGCAGACAAGCACUGCACGAGCGGUUGAAUGAGACGAUAACACCACCAUGAACGGCUACGCAGGCACGACCGCGCCGCCGGGGACCAUGUACGUUCGCGCUCUGUACAACUACGACGCAGACGACCCCACGAGCCUGAGCUUCCGCCAGGGCGACAUCAUACAGGUCAUCACCCAGCUGGAGAGCGGGUGGUGGGAUGGCUUCAUCAACGGCGUGCGAGGAUGGUUCCCUAGCAACUACUGCCAGCUGAUCAAUCUUGACGAGGAGGGCGGGGAGGAACUCGAACAGAGGCAGGCGCUGGACCAGAGCGACCAGAGCGACGACGAGCCGUACGAGCCCAGCAUCACCAGCGAGAAGAGCGCCGAGGUCCGAGAUCCUGCAAGGCAGCAGGAAGAGGCUGCGUUUUGGAUACCGCAGGCCACGCCGGACGGGAGGCUCUACUACUUCAACACGCUCACCGGCGUGAGCACCAUGGAACUGCCGCUUGAGACCCCACUGAGCAUGAACGAAGACGGCCGUGGUGGCGCCAACACCCUUCUCCCGACGACCACACGGCCUCCACCCGAACUCAUGGUGGGCGGCAUGGAACGCGAAGACGACACGGACUAUGAGAAUUCGGAAUCCGAGACGGGCUCGGCCCUCGAGCAGUCUAUGGGCUCCUUGCGGCGCCCCAACCUCUCUCGCGAGAGUUCGAUGGAGUCCAUGAACGGUCGCGACCGCGGCAUGGCCGACACGAGCCUGUCCAUGCUGCAGUCUACCAUGCCGGCUCUCGGCACGACAAUGACGUCCUUCGCGGGCAGUCCCAUGCAGAAUCCAAUGGGCGUGGGGCACCAGAUGUUUGAAGACCUGGAUCCCGUACCUCUCACUUGGAAUCGCUUGGUCGACGACAUGAGAAGGGCAAUCGAACGCUUCAGACAGGCGAUUGAAAACCACCAACGCUCCGAGUUCGUCAGACGCGCCGAAGACAUUUCGGAUCAGCUGAGGCUACUUCUCGCCGCCGGCUCCGGCACGACAGACAACCACUCUGGCAACCCUUCCAUCAUCAGCACCAACAAGGCGCUCUAUCCCCACUUCAGAGAGACCAUGUCACGCUUCUCGAAGCUCGUCCUCUCGUCGCACAUUGCCGCUGCGGACUUCCCUCCUCCGGACUCGUACGCAAAGUGCUUAAAAGAGGCAGACGGCGUGCUCAACGGCGUGUAUGGAUUCGUCGACAUUGCACGGCAGCAACGCGGUGACGAGAUCCCACGUCUGAUUCCUGGCUUCCUCGUGAACAACUACAGCGGUGGGAACUGGAGGAACAACGGCUUUACCAAACCUACCACCAUUUCCGCUUCGCAUUACCACGAGGCAGAUGACUACGACGGUGCCGAACCUAGCACACGGCUCGACAUGAUUGUCCUGGAACGACUGGCCGGCGAAAAGGCAAUGAUCGAGCAGGCGCUCAAGCGGCUCAAGGAGCAACUCAUUCUCACCGACAAGAUCAUCACGCCGAUGAAGCACAAGAUCUUGGGUGACAACGUGUGCAAGGUCGCAAGCAAGGUGCUGGAGCUGUACAGGCCGUACCUGGCUACCAUUGAAUCCAUCAACCUCAGCCCUCUGGGCAAUGACUGCUCCGAUCCGAACGUUGUGGACUUCAACGGACAGAAGCAGCGACUGUACGAUAUCGUGUCUGAACUUCUCAUCGUCUGCCAGGCAGUGGCUUCGCCUCUGCCCGAUGAAUGGGCAAAGAUGCGCAACGACUCGCUCGAGGAACGACUGCAAAUGGUUUCGGCUGUCGUUGACAGUCUGUUUUUGAUAACACGUCAGAUCUAUCAGUCACUUCAGCUGCUGUCCGAUCUCAUGCCCAUAGGUGAUGCUUCGCCUGUGAAGCCGGUCGAGCAAUCCACUCGAAUCGACAGCGCGACAUCGCCGCCGUCUUUCGACCCAAGGGCACGCUCGGGCUCAAGAUCGACGCAGAUUACCGAGUACGAUGACACCCGACGACCGUCGACCGAGGGCCCGCUCAACCUCAACUCAAAAGCGCGACAGCUGGCCGGCAUCAAGGACAACCAGGCCGUGAACUUUCGCGUUGCGGAGCCAGUCGGCGAAGAGAUCCCGGCCUUCUUGCGCCUCGAGCAUGAAGACGAGAUCACGUACGACACCAAGGUCAGUCCGCCUCAGCUGCGAGGUGGCACAUUGACCGGUCUGGUCGAGCAACUGACGAGGCAUGACAAACUCGACGCUGUCUUCAACGCCACUUUCUUGCUCACAUACCGCUCAUUCACUACCGCAAAGGAGCUCUUCGAGAUGCUGGUCAAACGUUGGUCUAUCCAACCACCCGACAAUCUGUCGCCGGACGAAUAUCAGCUCUGGGUGGAGAGGAAGCAGAAACCGAUUCAGUUUCGCGUCGUCAACAUCUUAAAGUCGUGGCUCGACACGUACUGGAUGGAGGAUAUGAACGACGAAACAAGAGCUCUCAUCAUGCACAUGCUUGGCUUUGCCAAAGACUUUGUUGCGACUACAAACACGCCCGGUGCGGCACCGCUGAUCUCAACAAUCGAGCAGCGUUUGAAGGGCGUCGAGGCGCCCACUAAGCGAUUGGUUCUUACGCUGAACCAGACGACGCCGGUCUCGAUCAUGCCGAAGAACUUGAAGAAGCUCAAGUUCCUAGACAUCGACGCGACCGAGUUCGCCCGACAGCUGACCAUCAUCGAGAGCAGACUGUACGGCAAGAUCAAGCUUGUCGAGUGCUUGAACAAGACUUGGCAGAAAAAACUUGCCCCUGGCGAGGAGGACCCAGCCAAGAACAUCAAAGCCCUGAUCCUGCACUCAAAUCAGCUCACCAACUGGGUGGCCCAGAUGAUUCUAAACCAGAACGAUGUCAAGAGGAGGGUCAUUGUCAUUAAACAUUUUGUCUCGAUAGCAGACAAAUGUCGUGGACUGAACAAUUUCUCCACCUUAACCUCGAUCAUCUCCGCGUUGGGCACCGCACCUAUUCACCGUUUGUCCAGAACUUGGCAGCAGGUCAAUGGCAAAACGAAGGACACUCUUGAAGCCAUGCGCAAGCUGAUGGGGUCCACCAAGAACUUCGCAGAGUACCGCGAAACCCUACGCAAAAUCAACCCGCCAUGCGUGCCCUUCCUCGGCGUGUUCUUGACUGAUCUCACCUUUAUUGAGGACGGCAUUCCGAGCCUUAUCAAGAAAUCCAACCUCAUCAACUUCGCCAAACGCGCCAAGACAGCCGAAGUCAUUCGAGACAUACAGCAGUACCAGAACGUGCCAUACCCGCUAGCACCGGUGCCAGAGCUGCAGGAGUACGUUCUAACCAACAUGAGGAACGCCGGAGAUGUACAUGAGAUGUAUGAGAUGAGUCUGGCCGUGGAGCCGCGAGAAAGAGAGGAUGAGAAGAUUGCUAGACUUCUCAGCGAAAGUGGGUUCCUAUAAGCUUGCAUUUUUUUUGGCAUUUUUUGGUACAGCCGACCCUUUUCCCUUCAAACAAACAGCAUCCGGCGUUCGAACGGGCGAACUUUGUUACACUUUUCGGCACGAGGCGACGUAUGUGAGCUUGGCUGUCAAGAGCACAGCCAACUUGGGGUGGGUGUGUAUGCCGUUCUUCGCCCUCAUAACUUCUGCUUGGCAAGCGUUAAUUGCAUGUUUUUUUGGGUCACACUUCGCUUUGAAAGACGAUAGGCUAGUGCUUAUACGACGGCUUCAAAACUCGGGAUGGAAAGCUCUUGUGACGAUGUAUGUCUGAAAUGAAGAAAUCUGGCACAUUUGAAUCACGAUUUGGCUGCUAGGGAUGGAUCCGGUUUACCGCAAGACACAAUGAUGAACGUUCAGCCCCAGUAAGCCAUGCUUUUGAUGUAUUAUCCCAGCGGGUUUCAUAGGGUAGAAGAGUUACCAUGAAUCAAGAUGGGUUUACUCGCUUUGAAAGGGGUCCCUGCCGUCGCAAUCCGAAACAAAAAGCGUUGUGUUCAAAGUUCGCCUAUCCACACGUGCAAGCUGCAGUACAGCUACGACCCGGCGGCUUAAAACGCAAUCUUUCGGCGCCCUUUUCCGAUCUUUCGAGUCUUGGUCAAAACCAAGCAUGAGACGUACGCGAGGCUCACCCGCGUGGUUCAAGGACGUCGCAACAAGAUUACCGCGACCGCCACGGCCACCGGGAACACAUCGAGGCUCAGGAUGUGGCUGACUCUCUUGUGGCCUGUGGUGUAUGAAGCAAGACGGAUCAAUUUUUUUUUGUCGAGGGGGUGCUGAUGGUACGCAAGGUGGUGACCUGCCACGACUGGUGCGCCGCAUCCUUGCUUCGGUGUAUUAGGCUACUCGAUCAAUCCGUUUCGACAACGCAUAGAGGACUGAAUGGGAAUGGAAGGCUCACAUCCAAAAAAGCAAGCAAGUCAUGGUGUUGAAAGCUGUAGAUGAUCGGCCUUUUGUUUCUACUCAUUCUCAUUGAACGACUUGACAUCUGGUCUCUUUUCUUUGUUGCCGCACUUUGCAACAUAGAGCGGGCGGAU